AUGAAGAAAUCAAAAGUGGACUGGAGUCGCUUCGGGCUCGUAUCCGACGGCGACACAGACGCCUCCGAGACCACGAGGCUGAAGGAUCCGGCCCUCGAGGAAGGAUACUACGGAGGACAGGACACCGAGCUCUUCGCGGAGGAGAAGGGCGACACGCCAUGGUGGAAGAGCACCUUCUUCGUGAGCGAGCGCGUCCUCUUCGGCACGUGGGAUGGCGUCUUCACCUCCUGCCUCGUCAACCUCCUGGGCGUCAUCGUCUUCCUGAGGGUGGGCUGGGUCGUCGGCGAAGCGGGCGUCCCUCUCGCUGCCCUGGUCGUCGUCGUCUCCGUGGUGGUGGUUCUGACGUCCGUGGUGUCAGCGGUGGGGAUCUGCGAGCGGACGCGGGUGGAGAGCGGGGGCGUGUACUUCCUCAUCUCGCACGUCCUCGGGUCGCAAGUCGGCGGCGCCGUCGGCCUCGUCUAUUGCUUCGGGCAGGCCGUGGGCAUCUCGCUGUGCGUGGCCGGCUUCGGCGAGUCCAUGGUGGAGCUGCUGGAUCUGUCGUGGUCGUGGUCGGAGAAGGCCUUCGCUGCGGGCGCCCUGCUCCUGCUGGCGCUCAUCAACGUCGCGGGCGUCAAGUGGGUCAUUAAGGUGCAGUUCCUCCUGCUGCUGCUCGUCCUCCUCGCCGCCAUGGACUUCAUCUUCGGUAGCUUCCUGGACCACUCCGAUGAACCGGGCGUGACUGGCUGGUCGGCUGUUACGUGGGCGAACAACACCUCCCCGGGGUAUACGACGGGAAAUUCCUGGUUCACGGUACUAGGUGUGUUCUUCCCGACUGUCACGGGCAUAAUGGCAGGGAUUAACAUGUCAGGUGACCUCAGGAGCCCGGCGAAAGACAUCCCGGUUGGUACACUAUCUGCUCUGGGUCUUAGCACGGUGCUUUACAUGGUGUUCAUCUUGGUCCUCGGUGCCACCGUCCAGAGGGAGGUGCUUCUCAGGGACUACAUGAUUACGGAGAAAGUUUCUGCAUUAGGUGUGCUAUUACUGGCUGGGCUCUACACAAGCACACUGUCCUCGACGCUGGCUUCUCUGUACGGCACACCACGCGUCCUCCAGUCUAUCGCCAGCCAGAACGUGGUGCCCGCCCUGUCUCCGUUGGCCCAAGGACGAGGGCCCAACAAAGUGCCCGUGCUGGCCCUGGUGGUGACCGUGGUGGUGACACUCGUCUUCCUCCUCGUGGGACGCAUCAACACCCUGGCACCCAUCGUCACCAUGCCCUACCUGGCCACGUACGCCGCCAUCGACUACGCUUAUUUUGCCCUUGCGAUGACGGCUGACCUGCAGAGGGCAAGGGAGGCGAGGUUCAGAGGUCAGACCUUCGGGACGCCCACUUUUGACUCCCGAGGUCUUGGGGGAAACACGGACCUUGAUCACCUGUUCCCUGAGAGAGUCACUCACAAGAAGGUGAUCACGACGGCUGCGAGCUCUGGCACCUCGAGCUUAGUCUCCUCUCCGGACGACCACUCCAGCAUCAAGUCCGACACUGAACCGUCCGCAAAGGAGGAGGAGAAUGGCGGAUCCGGGGCCAAUGAAGACCUGCUGCCUGGCAUGGGCGCUCCUGGAGACUUCCUCCCUAUCACAGGGAAGCCUACCCACUGGUACUCCCACCUAUGCAAUCGCUGGCUGUCUUUGAUAGGGGUGGGCGUGAAGGUGUCCAUGAUGGUCUGCGUCCACUGGGCCUACAGUCUCACCACACUGCUCACCAUGCUGCUUCUCUACGUCUACAUCGGGCAGGCUGCUCCCGGUGGGCCCCCUGGCAUCGCUAUGGAAUUCGUCUUCCUGAGGUGGCUGAAGAACAGGUUUUUGGCGUGUUUUGGACAGAGGUCAGCCGAGUACGACCAAGUAGUCGUGACGCCCCUGCAUCCUGGAGUCGAGGUCACAGCCAAUCAGCUGACUGAGGAGAACGAGGACUUCGCCGCCAGGUCACGCUACCACCAGUCGACGCCAGGUCAAGCACUUCCCGAUCUCACGGAACAACAGUAGCUACGUCAUCAUAGUCAUCGUCGGUCUUGGCUUCACCGGCUUAGAAGUCAUCUGAAGAACAUUCUAGCUGCGGCCUUUGUGGACAAGGACGUUUUCUGCUCUGUACCACACGGAGGGAGAUAUCUAUUCGGUGUAUUGUAGUUUACCUACAUCUGUGUUGGUGUGUGUGUAUACACUCGUUAUACUUAACUUCGUGGAAGCGCCUCUAGAUAAGUGUGUUGCUCCAUUGUUUAAAUUCUCAAUUGAGACACACGAGUAAUAGCUGCCUAUGAAAUUUUCGAUCUGUUUUGUGUUGCGAACAUUUGCAAAGUGGAUACUGUGUGUUUAAAAUACAUAUUCUUAAUGUAAUUCAAUUAAUACUGUAACUUUUUAUGCUCAACGCCAGUAAACUGAAGUGACGAGGGAAACAAAUACCACAGGACAGGUUAAUUCAUAAAGUAUAUAAAGAUAUUGGAAGCUGAUCCAGAAUUAGAUCAGGAAGAUAUGCCGAAAAGGUAGUGAAUCACGCAACUUCAAAUGACAGUCAGAUGUACUUUUAGUUGGGGGCAAAACGUUGAUAAUGCACGAGAAUGGGGAGCAGUAGUGCGUUCUGCUUAAUCUCUAGUUCUUACUACCUCGGUGUGCACGUAUACAUAUUUUACAGCACACACACACAA